UAGACGCGUCAGAUGAAACCACGUGUUCCAGGCCGUAGGGACCGAGUCACAAGGCAGGUGACAGUUCGGUGGCAAGAUGUUGCACAAAAUCACCCGUCUGACCGUCAGGGACGUGAGAUUCCCGACGUCUUCGGAGCAGCACGGCUCGGAUGCGAUGCACAGCGACCCGGAUUACUCAGCCGCAUAUGUUGUCGUCGACACGGACUGCGGCCGGAAGGGGUUCGGCCUCACGUUCACGUUAGGAAAAGGCACCGACAUUGUGGUGUGUGCGGUGGAGGCCCUGGCAGCACUGGUUGUUGGGAAAUGCCUGCAGGAGAUUGUGAGCGACUUCCGUGGGUUUUACCGCCUCCUGACCAGUGAUGGCCAGAUGAGAUGGUUGGGACCAGAGAAAGGAGUGAUCCACCUGGCCACUGCUGCAGUUCUCAAUGCUGUGUGGGACCUGUGGGCGAGGGUGGAUGGCAAGCCACUGUGGAAACUCCUUGUUGACAUGGAUCCCAAGCAGAUUGUGUCAUGCAUCGACUUCAGAUACAUCACUGAUGUGCUCACAGAGAAAGAGGCUCUAGACAUACUAGUGAACGCUCAGGUGGGCAAGCAGCAGAGAGAGGAUCAGAUGCUGAAAGAGGGUUAUCCUGCGUACACCACCUCCUGUGCUUGGCUUGGGUACUCAGACCAGCAGCUCAAACAGCUCUGCACAGAUGCACUUAAAAAUGGCUGGACCAAGUUCAAGGUGAAAGUCGGCGCUGAUCUGGAGGAUGACAUUCGCAGGUGUCGACUCAUCAGGCAAAUGAUUGGACCAAACAACACGCUGAUGAUUGAUGCCAACCAGAGAUGGGACGUGGGCGAGGCCAUCAGCUGGGUGUCCAGCCUCUCUGAGGUCAAGCCUCUCUGGAUCGAGGAGCCUACGUCUCCAGAUGACAUACUGGGUCACGCCACUAUCUCCAAGGCUUUGGCUCCACUCGGGAUUGGAGUGGCCUCAGGGGAGCAGUGUCAUAACAGGGUGAUGUUUAAGCAGUUCCUCCAGGCGUCAGCGCUGCAGUUUGUCCAGAUCGACAGCUGCCGUCUGGGCAGUGUCAAUGAGAACCUGGCUGUGAUGCUGAUGGCCCACAAGUUCCAGGUGCCUGUCUGUCCUCAUGCUGGAGGAGUAGGUCUGUGUGAGCUCGUCCAGCACCUGAUUCUGUUUGACUACAUCUGUUUGUCUGCAAGCCUCAGCAACCGGAUGUGUGAAUAUGUGGACCACCUCCACGAACACUUCACCAGCCCCGUGGUGAUUCAGGACGCCCACUACAUGCCCCCAAAGGACCCAGGCUACUCCUGUGAGAUGCUGGAAUCUUCAGUGUGGAGGCACCAGUUCCCAGAAGGAGACGUUUGGAAGCUGCACACGAACAAAUGAGAGUUCAUCUUGAACACGUCACCGAAGGCUUUAUUAGACUCAUCCGAGAGACAUCAACUAAACACAGCCAGCUCGUUUUGUCUUUUUUUUUUUACAGCACAAUUUCAAUUUUACACUUUGUGAACAGCUUAAUUGCUCCAUGUUUCCUGGUACACAUCAGUGACAUUUCAGAACAAGAGCUGACACCACAUGUAUCAUCUUUUUUUUUACAGAAAUACAUGAAUCAUAAGCUUAUUGAAACAUUUUGGAGGCAUUCGGGACAGUUCAGCUACAGAAACCCAAGUGUAGAUUUGUUAAAACAAGUGAAAGAACUUAAUGUAGUAUAAAGGUUUAGUACAACACAGGAAAAUACCCACUUAGUUUUUUGGUGAAUUUCAUAAACUCUAGAAAUGAUUUUGUUGUAUGAUCUUUGUAAUAAAAAAGAACAUCAAUCAGACAUAAAUAUACAACACUGUGAUAACUGGUUUUCCAAAGCCCUUUACCCUUAAACAUGAACCAUAUUCGUUCAGACCCAUAUCAAAGAAAUGAUUCAUUAUUUUGUUACCAGACUAAGUCACAGUAAAGUAUCUCCUGUGCUCCUCUC